AUGGCCGAGAACAUCCUCGGUAUCCUCUUUGUCACCUCAACCUCUCGCGGGCGGAACGUCUUUCGAUACCCUCCCGACCCCCUCUCCCCCUACCCUCGACUCUCACAACCCAUCUACCCCUCAUCCACCUAUACCGCGCGCGACAAUGUCUUUGGAGAUGUAUCCCGCCGCCGCCUCUUCCCGGAUAGCAGCACAACCCAUACCCACACUGACGCGCGCAAGUCGAGCGCUGCGUCCGGCGGGGAACCGUCCUCUGCUCAUCGGUCAACUCGGCUCGGGCGGGCGUUUGGUGCUAGCUCGGAUGGUGGAUCGGGGAAUCAGAGAUAUGGUGGUGGAUGCCGAGCAGACCUGCCGGACUGGGGAAGGAUGGAGGAGGAAGAAGAAGGGGCAGAUUCGGAUGGGACGGACGACAGCGACGAAGGGCUAUACUAUAUGGGCUCUAACCGGGUCCCACUAUCCGGGAAGAGGAUCAUGGAGGAGGUCAUCAACCCGCAAUCCAUCAACGAGGAGUUGAUGCGAUAUGCGGAUCCGACCAAGACGAACACGCUUGUCAACUCGCGAGCCGCCGAGGGGGCGGAUAGGACUUCACCCCGGAAAGGCGACUCUGGACGGAACGGCAAUCUCAGUAGCGGUAACGCUGCUAUCGUAGCGGGACAGGUGCAAUUCCACGGUGCGCCGGGAGUCAAGUACGACGCUUCCAUCGAGAGCCAGUACAGCUACGCUCUCGGCUACUCGUUGGAUUUCCUGAGUGACAUGCUCACGCCCCCACGGGCGGCUUGUAAUCGCAAGUUUGAGCUAUGCGUGGACGAGCUCGUCUUUAUCGGUCAUCCGGUCACUAUCGGGGCGGAUGGACAGUGGGGAUACCCGAAGGAGGCGGGUCAGGCGGAAGAGAAUGGGAGGCGGAAUACUGCAGACGAAGGGGACAGGAGGGGACGGAGGCGGGAGGCUGUCGGACACAGUCACCUCAGGACCGUCGUCGAGGGCUCUGGGUCCGAGAGUAAUUCUCUCUCGGAUAUCGGAGGAGGAAACCGGGACCCACUCGCCAACUCGCCCGAAAAGAAGCGUUCGGACGCGAACGGAGCGGACGGAAAGGGCAAGAGUGGGGAUGGGGCGGAAGAGGAGUGCCCGUCUCUGGACAUGUUCCAUAUGGUCCUCAUCGUCGACAAGCCGGAUCCCAAAACAGCACCCAUGGGCGGCACGGACCACAUUGCCCCCAGCGAGGGGUUCGAGGAGAUAUACCGCGAGAUCGCGUUCAAGUGGACGGCGGCGGCGUAUGCGCUCCAGGUCAAGAACAAUUGGGUGGCGAGGGAGAGCUGGGAGAUGGCCAAAGCGAGGGAGAGGUCCAUGGCGGAAGGGAUUUCGGUCGAGAAGUGCUGUUUGUCGAUGUAUCGCGGCAACCCCCUCGAACGGGCACUCCAAGACCUCUCAUACAAUCUCUGGAAGUUCCGCACAUCCCCCGUCAAUCCCCUGUACACCCACCUUCCCACGACCGUGACAGUCUGCCUCGCCGAUCUACCCAUCAGCAUGAUCCUCUCCCCUCGCACCGGUGCGUCCGACGAGACAUGGGCGCACUGGGGCUCAGGCGGACAUGGGAACGAAUACGACAUCGAGUCCGAGGCAUCCUCUGAUUCGGGACUGGAUCUACCGGGCGAGCGGUCGGGAGGGCGGGAAGUGCGGGUUGAGCCGUGGCAGACGCUGUUGCUCGUGGAGGAUCGAGCGAAAGAGCGGGCGAGGGAGACUGCGGCGGCUGUGGUGGGCCUAGGGAACUGGACACCUACGCGACCGAAGAGUGGGUGGGGUGAUGAGGAGGAGGAUGAAGAGGCGAUCAGGAGAGCCGCGGGCGGUAGUAGACGGGGCUCGAAGGAGGCUCAGGCGGAGGAGGAUGAGGGGAACCUCAUGAAGGCCUUGAUUGAGGCUUGUGAUGUGUCGAAACCACUCGCCGACAUUGCUCAUAUGCUCCGCUUUGAUUUGGAAGGUAUUCUCAUUCCUCUCGCUCGAGAAUUGGUGCAGAACAAGAAAGCGAUCUUGAUCGAUGUGGUCAAUACCCGGCUUCGGACACUGGUCAUGCCUUCCACUAUCGUCGAGCACAGCACUACCCUCGAAGACUAUGUCGAUUCAUUCUCUCGCGCUUUCCCUGCGCUUCCCCUCCUCCCAGUGUAUCUCUCCCAAAUCUCCGCCGCCCCAACCCCAUUUCGAGACCUCAUCCCCACCACACCAUCCGAAUCUGACGGCGAGAUACCCGCUCGACAAGUUUACCUCGACUCCCUCAUCUGGCUGCUCAAGCACGACCUCGUCAUUCAGGUCCAUACGUACGUCCGGAUCUGGGCCCGCGCGGAAGUCAAAGAGAUCGCUUGGAAACGGCUCUGGCUCCGUCGGCGAUCGAGGUGGAUCAAUAGCCGGGCCGGCAGCCUUCGUGCGCGUUCGGAACGGAGUCAUGGCAGCUCCGGCACGUCGACAGCGGGAGAUGACGAGGUCGAUAUGAUUACGCCUAGAGCGGACAAGGGGAAUCCGAUCGACGCCAUGAGUAUGAGCGUUCCCCCUCCGAACGGUCCUCGCGAAGCCCAGCGCACCCCAUUGUCCGGAAUACCUAGCAUCCCCCCUACUCGCUCAUCGAGCUUCCCUGACCUCGGCCAGUCAUUCAUGGACUACGAUCCCGAGCUCGAGCUCGAUUCGGACGUCGGCGAGCCCGAGGGGUUCCGGUCCGACCAGGACCGGCUGGAGGCUAAGAACUUCUCGAUGGAGCUCAAGGAGCCGGAGAGGAAGGAUAUCCCCAAGUUUGAAGGGACAUUCAUCUUUCGUCCUGCGAGGGCGGUCAAGGAGGAAAUGAGGUGGUUGAGGGUGAUCAGAGAGGGCGCGGAUGAGGUCUGGGCGAGCAAGUUUGAUCUUUGCGUCCAGUACUUUGAUGGCGCGACGAGCUUUGAUGAGAUCAGCUACCGGACGGGUCUGCGGUUGAGGGAGAUAGACUGGAUAGUCAAGCUUUUCAAGGAAGAUGUGAGUAAUUCAGUGUCCGUGAUUGAUCGAACGAGCUGA